AUGUCCAUCAUACGCAACAUCCCCCGCCGCCUACUCGAGCUAUCCACAGCCAUCAACAUCGCCCUCCUCAUCUGGUUCCUCUUCUACCGCGGCGAUAGGCCAGACGGGGCACCGCCAGACGGCGUUUGGGAGAAGGAAUCGGGUGUAAGGGAAGCGUAUUCAAAGAAGCUUGAGUAUCGAUAUGCCGAGAAGGAACAGUGGCAAGGGGUGCAGGAGCAGAAAGCUGAAAGCGAUUUGGUCGACCGCGCGGUGGUCGGGAGUGGCUGCGAAAUGUGCGCGAUGGAUCCUGUCUUGUGCCAAGAGCUUGGAAGGAGGAACCUCGAACGCUCGCUUCUCUUCUCUGGAACCGGCACGCGUUUCCAGCGAAUGCUCUCAAAACUCAAACGGGGCGAACAGCUUGUAGCCGGUGUCCUCGGGGGUCCUGGGGCACGGCAUAAACAGCUUACCAUCCUACGGCUCCGACCAAUCCACCAUCUCAACCGUAUCGUCUUUGACCGCCUCAACUAUCUUUUUCCCGCGCCGAACGGUGUAGUGAAUGACAAGAGUGGUCGGGAAGAGGGGAAGAACUCGUAUACUAAUGGUGCUCAAGGCGGCGUUGGAUCUGAUUACUUUUCUCUCUGCUACGGGGAACACAUCCCCGAGGACGUGGAUGUUGUCUUUGUCGAUCUGGCUAUCAACGAUGAAGCACUGGUCAAAAAUAUCGACUCAUACAAGAUUCUUGUUCGAAGUCUUCUUGACCUACCGAACAAACCUGCUAUCUUGAAUUUGCACGUAUUUGCGUUAAUGUUCAAGACAGUCACAAACGGCGGCGACUUGCACUCUGGUAUCGCCCAAUUCUACGACAUCCCCACCGUCUCACUCCGAAACGCCCUCUACCACCAACUCCUCGCCAACGCUUCUCUCAUCUCCGAGCUAUUCAUCACCAAGGAGGAUGGUGAACUCGGCGUGAAGGGGCACAACCUCCUCGGUCGGAUUGGCGCAGCAUACGUCGACUCUCAGGUGUGCGAGAUGGAAAAGUACGAAGCCAGCUUCCAUCAGCCUGUCGGGCGAGCCAACUUGGAGCGAGCGAGGCGGUGCAGUGGAAACGGGUGA